AGAGUUUUUAGUUUUCUUUUAAUUUUAACGUGCUUCAAUAGAUUAGGAUUUUUCAGGUUUCGUUUGGUUAGGCAUAAAACUAAAGCAGUCUUUUAGACUCUUUUUUUACACUUGCGUAACAGAACAGCUGAUUCGUUGUUUAGCUUUUUACCUGAUGAUGUCAUUUCUUUUAACUUCUUCAAAGAAGAUUUGGAAAUCAGAAAUCUUCGUUUACUGUUCAUUUUACUAGCAACUGCUAUUGGUGAUUGGCAUAAACUACGCGACCGCCACCAAUGAAAAGUCGAGGAACUGCAGUGUUCUGACAUAUAUGAAUAAGUGAACACUGAACUUGAUGCUGGUGACUGGCAGUGCUUCAGACAGAAAAGUUGGACCACUUUUAAAGGAAAUGAAAAAUUCAGCAAAGCAUCCAAAGGGAAGGAGAUGUCGCGUCUGCAACAUUUUGGUGCCGUCUUUGAGAAUAAUAAAGGAGCACAUGAAGCUUUGCCAUCCAGAUGAUUGUUUUCCGUGCGACCUCUGCAGCUACGUGGGUUUCAACUCUCCUGCGCUGUGUCACCACAAGAAACAAUAUCACAAAGUGCUGCCCAAAGAGCAAUUAAAGCUCGCCUGCCGAGAAUCGACUCGAACUGGUACAUCACUGAAUCCGUGCACGGCUGAGUUUAAGCGUGCGGCUAGCCUGCGACAGCACCUAGCAGAUGUGCAUGGCAUCACGGAAGCUAGCCAUGAGGUCACGAAGGAGUUUGGAUCGGUAGAUGACUUUAAGAGAUGGAAGGAAGUGUUUGAGGACGACACGUGUGCAAGAUACAACGUGCGCGGCGGGAAGCUGAAAGAAGGCGAAAAAAACGAUCAUAUACGCCUGCUCACGCUCAGGGACUUAUGUGUCGAAGGUCAAAGGAGUCCGGAAGCGGCAGCUGAAAUCCCAGGGAUCUUCCAAGAUGGGUAGUACCUGCACGGCGGUGAUGUGUGCCAGGACAUCAGAAGAGGGCAAGGUCAGCGUGACAGUGCAUCCGUUCCACUACGGACACGCGACGGACAAGACCGAUCUGCCUUAUAUACGACUACCGAAGACAGUCAGGGACUUCGCACAAGAGAAACUCCUGAAAGGAGAGCCCGCGUCUCGCGUCAUUAAUGACAUCCGUAAGUCCCUGGAGGAAACUGGUGAUCCUGCCACUCGCCGUGGGUUCUGGAUCGGCAGAAGAGAUCUGCGGAACAUGUGCAACAGUCUCAAGAUCAGGCCACAGACCGAGACCUCCACUCAAAAGGAGCGCGUUGAAAUGUCGAGUGAGGAACUGGACAAUAAAGAAAUCCGUCCUCCGAAAGAGGUGGACGACCUGUGGCAGGAGCGGAAAAAGCUGUGGCGAGGGCCCUCCGCCCGGCUGUCCGAGAUCCGGCAGCGUCACGCGGCGGCCGCCGAGCUGGUCGCCGCCCGUACCGCAGCGGCUCACCGCCUGUCGGACGCGGCCCGACCCACGUGGCUGGUAGGCCCGUUCGCCGAGACGGACCACCAGUACAUCCGCAUCGAGCAGCACCACCGGCUGUGUCCGUUCGGAUGCCAGCUGCGCUGUGAGGACUGUGGUGUGUGCGCGCACCAGUUCACCUGUCAGUGCCAGGAUUGGGUGUCUCACAAACUGCCGUGCAGACAUAUGCACUAUCUGUGCAUGGUGGUGGAAGACCUGCUUGGUCCUCCAGCUCCACCAGACCAGGAACAGGACAAUGCGCCGGGGUUCGCUGAGCUGGAUGACACGCCAGGCGCCGCGGAGAUGGACGAUUUGCCAUGUGUUUCGCCGGCUCGCGAGCUACCUCCGGUGACGCCUUCCACCAGCCGUCCCGAGGAAGGUGCCGCGAGACGGCAGCAAGUCGUCACUAAAAUGCAGGAGGCAUUGUCAGCGAUCGAAAGACUGCCGGACACGCUGUCUGAGGAGUCUUACCAGCGCAUCCUUGCACAAUUGGUCGUUUUAGAACGCCUUGUGGCACUGGAGGUGCGUCCUCAGACACCAGUCCCGGUGCUGCUGCCUUCCACGGAGGACGGAGGGCAGACCUCCAAUGCCAAGAGUGAUCCCCAUCCCACCCCUGCCUCCAAACGCCGGCAGCGAACGGGACAGUCCCGAGGACGGAGUAGGGCAAAGAGCUCCACGGCGCAGCGAGUUGCGGUAAAUCUCGUCGCGAGUGACAUUGACCUGGAGAACCUAUUGGUCGUUCAACAGGACCAUUGUUACUGAAGCAGGGCUAUGGUAGGCUGAAUUUGUUGUUUUCUGUGCGAUUUUGGUCCAUGUGUGACAUAUUAAUGCUAGGUAUCUAAUGUGUCGCUUCGUAGCGCCGUGCUGCGAAUUCAUGGUCAUUUAUGUUGAAGGCGACGUUGUAGUGUCCGAUGCUACUACAAUGCGUUAGAUCGGUGCUCGCAGUUACCCGAAAUGAUAUUGACUCGUAUAAUACGUUUUUCGAUAUCAUUGAAGGAUCGUAUGUUUCUUUCAUAAUGAGCUCAGAUAUUGUUUAGUUCUCUGUGUACCUUGUCAGAUUGGGGCCUUUUGUUGCAGUGAAGCGUGGAGUGUUAAUUGAAGUUUGGGCAAAUCUUCAAAAUCAAAAAGUGCGAGCUUAGUCUUUCAAAACCCAUGUCUUUAAAUGUUUUUUUUUUUUUUUUAAUCAUACAGUGUCGUCUUCCAGUUCAGUAAGGAGUGGCCAGUGUGCAUUGCGGCGUCUGUUACAAUGCAAAUAUAAAUAACCUCUUUCAUA